AUGCAGCUCUACAAGAGCAUCUUCAGCCUGCUCAGCUUCGAGAAGAUCGGAUACACCGGGUUUUCCAGAGGUUUCUGGGGUUUUCUGGAAAAGGAGAUGCAGCUCUACAAGAGCAUCUUCAGCCUGCUCAGCUUCGAGAAGAUCGGAUACACCGAGGUUUCUGGGGGUUUUCUGGAAAAGGAGAUGCAGCUCUACAAGAGCAUCUUCAGCCUGCUCAGCUUUGAGAAGAUCGGCUACACUGGGUUUUCUGAAGGUUUUCUGAAGGCUUUCCAAAGUUUCUAUGGGGUUUUCCGAGGGUUUUCCAGAGGUUUCUGGGGUUUUCUGGAAAAGGAGAUGCAGCUCUGCAACAGCAUCUUCAGCCUGCUCAGCUUCGAGAAGAUCGGCUACACCGGUUUCUGGGGUUUUCUGGAAAAGGAGAUGCAGCUCUACAAGAGCAUCUUCAGCCUGCUCAGCUUUGAGAAGAUCGGAUACACCGAGGUUUCUCGGGGUUUUCUGGAAAAGGAGAUGCAGCUCUGCAACAGCAUCUUCAGCCUGCUCAGCUUCGAGAAGAUCGGAUACACCGAGGUUUCUGGGUUUUCUGAAAAGGAGAUGCAGCUCUACAAGAGCAUCUUCAGCCUGCUCAGCUUCGAGAAGCUCGGAUACACUGGAGCCGCGCGGGCCGCGGCGCGCAGGCCGGGCCUCGGGCGGGCCCCCGCGGGCAGCCCUGCCCGCCCCCCGGGAGCCUCUCCCCGCGCUGCGCGGGCACUCACGGGGCUCCAGCAGAUCAGCGAGUCGGUCUCGGGGUCCUCCACGAGCGUCCACAGCUUGCCCAGCCCCUCCGGAGGCAGCGAGGAGCUGUCGGAGAGCGAGGAGAGCGUUUAUUCCGGCCUGGAGGAUUCGGGAAGCGACAGCGAAUCCUCCGGGAAUGACCAGGAGGAGCAGGAGGAGGAGGAGGAGGAGGAGGAGGAGGAAGAAGCCCCUGGAAGCCCCUCGGCUCCCCAGACACAGGCCAAAGGGGCUCCCGGGAAGAGGAAAACCUUGGAAGACGAUUCCCCGUUGGAAGGGAAGCAGGAUUUGGUUGUCCACGAUGAGUACGAGGAAGACAGCUCGGAUGAGGAGGACAUCCGGAACACGGUGGGGAACAUUCCCAUGGAAUGGUACCAGGAUUUUCCGCACAUCGGGUACGACCUGGACGGGAAGAAGAUCUACAAACCCCUGCGGAGCAAGGACGAGCUGGACCUGUUCCUGGAGAAGAUGGAAAACCCGGAAUACUGGCGCACGGUGCAGGACCGGCAGACGGGGGCGGAGGUGCCGCUGUCGGAGGAGCAGCUGGAGCUGAUCCGGCGCCUGCAGCGCGGCCACUUCGGGGACGUCAACUUCGACCCCUACGAGCCGGCCGUGGAUUUCUUCAGCCACGAGGUGCGGAUCCACCCGGUGACCAACCGGCCCGCGGACAAACGGAGCUUCAUCCCUUCCCUGGUGGAGAAGGAGAAGGUCUCCAAGCUGGUCCACGCCAUCAAGAUGGGCUGGAUCCAGCCCCGGAAGCCCAAGGAAAACGUUCCCACGUUUUACGACCUGUGGGCUCAGGAGGAUCCCAACUCCGUGCUGGGCCGGCACAAGAUGCACGUCCCCGCUCCCAAAAUCCCGCUGCCGGGCCACGCCGAGUCCUACAACCCCCCCCCGGAAUUCCUGCUCAGCCCCGAGGAGAAGCUGGCCUGGGAGCAGCAGGAGCCGGCCGAGCGGCGCCUGAACUUCAUCCCGCAGAAAUUCCGGAGCCUGCGCGCCGUUCCCGCCUAUUCCCGCUUCAUCCACGAGCGCUUCGAGCGCUGCCUCGACCUCUACCUGUGCCCCCGGCAGCGCAAGAUGCGGGUCAACGUGGAUCCCGAGGAUCUCAUUCCCAAACUUCCCCGGCCGAGGGAUCUGCAGCCCUUCCCCACCACCCAGGCCCUGAUUUACCACGGCCAUUCCAGCCUGGUGCGGACCCUGAGCGUCUCCCCCAGCGGGCAGUGGUUGGUGUCAGGCUCCGACGACGGCACGGUGCGGUUCUGGGAGGUGAGCACGGCGCGCUGCCUCCGCACGCUUCCCGUCGGAUCCGUGGUCAAGAGCGUGGCCUGGAAUCCCAACCCCUCCCUCUGCCUGGUGGCCGUGGCCGUGGAUGAGCAGGUGCUCCUGGUGAAUCCGGGCCUCGGGGACCGGCUGCUGGUGGCGGCCACGGAUCAGCUCCUGGAUUCCUGGGAAGCUCCGGAGGAGGAGCGGAUCCAGCCGGUGCGGUGGAUCCCGGCCGGCCCCGAGGAGCGCGGGAAGGGGAUCCGGCUGCUGGUGCAGCACGACAAGCCGGUGACGCAGGUGACGUGGCACGGCAAGGGCGAUUACUGGGCCUCGGUGGUGCGGAACCCCGGCGGCCGGCAGGUGCUGAUCCACCAGAGCAGCCGGCGCUGGAGCCAGAAUCCCUUCCGGAAGAGCCCGGGAAUGAUCCAGUGCGUGCGCUUCCACCCGCUCCGGCCCUACUUCCUGGUGGCUUCCCAGCGAUCCGUGCGGAUCUACAACCUGCUCCGCCAGGAGCUCACCAAGAAACUCCAGAGCAACUGCCAGUGGAUCUCCAGCAUGGCCGUGCACCCCGGAGGGGACAACGUGAUCUGCGGGAGCUACGACAGCAAGCUGGCCUGGUUUGACCUGGACCUGUCCACGCGGCCCUACCGGCUGCUGCGGCACCACCGCCGCGCCGUGCGCUCGGUGGCGUUCCACCGGCGGUACCCGCUCUUCGCCUCCGGCUCCGACGACGGCUCCGUCAUCGUCUGCCACGGAAUGGUCUACAACGACCUGCUGCAGAACGCGCUGCUGGUGCCGCUGAAGGUGCUCAAGGGCCACAGCCCCCGCCUCGACCUCGGCGUCCUCGACGUCGCCUUCCACCCCCAGCAGCCCUGGCUCUUCUCCUCCGGCGCCGACGGCACCGUGCGCCUCUACACCUGACCGGGAUCCAGCCGGGAUCCAGCCGGGAUCCGCCGGGAUCCGCCGCCCGCGGAAUUCACCGCCCCCAAUAAAGGCUUCUUUGGGAUACGGUCCCGGGAUCUUCGUGUGCUGAAUUCCACGCUGUUCCCAUUCCCACAUCUCUCUCUCCCACGUUCCCUACACCUGCCGUUCCCAGGAUCCACUGGGAUCCAGUGGGAUCCGCCGCCUGCGGAAUUCACCGCCCUCAAUAAAGGCUUUUUUUGGGAUACAAUCCCGGGGUCUUUGUGUGCUGAAUUCCCCGAUGUUCCCAUUCCCACAUCUCUCUAUCCCACGUUUCAAACACCUGAGCCGUCCGCGGGGAUCCAGCGGGAUCCAGUGGGAUCCAACAGGAUCCGCCGCCUGCGGAAUUCACGGCCCUCAGUAAAGGCUUCUUUGGGAUACGGUGCCGGGGUCUUUGUGUGCUGAAUUCCACAAUGUUCCCAUUCCCAUCCCCACAUUCCCUACCCCUGACAUUCCCCGUGGGAAUCUGCCGGGAUCCAAUGGGAUCCGCUGGGAUCCAGUGGGAUCCACCGCCUGCGGAAUUCACCGCCCCCAAUAAAGGCUUUUUUUGGGAUACAAUCCCGGGGUCUUCGUGUGCUGAAUUCCACAGUGUUCCCAUUCCCACAUCUCUCUAUCCCACGUUCCCUACACCUGAGCUGCCCACGGGGAUCCAGCGGGAUCCAGCGGGAUCCAACAGGAUCCGCCGCCUCCGGAAUUCACGGCCCUCAGUAAAGGCUUCUUUGGGAUACGGUCCCGGGGUCUUUGUGUGCUGAAUUCCCCGAUGUUCCCAUUCCCACAUCUCUCUAUCCCACAUUGCAAACACCUGAGCCGUCCGCGGGGAUCCGCCGAGAUCCACAGAAUCCAGCGGGAUCCAGUGGGAUCCGCCGCCUGCGGAAUUCACCGCCCUCAAUAAAGGCUUCUUUGGGAUACGG